UAUAUAUUACACAAAAUUCCGUAACAAAUAUUAUUGUUUUUUCUUCUAGUGUCGCCUCAACCACAUGGCUCCUCACAAAUUAUUACACAAAAAAGUUCAAUAAUACCCACAUUUUCCCCCUAUAAAAUCCCCAAAAUCAUAUCACAAUUUUCUCACCACGCAGCUCUGAAGCAAAGCACACACUACCUUCAUUUCUUCACACACACACACACACACUCAUUCAAACCCUCUCUCCAAAUGGCUUCAAGAGCUGCCAUUUUUCUUGUGUUGAACAUUCUCUUCUUCACAUUAGUGAGCUCGAACAAUGUCCCAUGCCCUCCCUCGACUUCAACCCCUACCCCAAAACCUUCGUCACCGGCCCACCACGGCCACGGCCACAAGCCGUCGAAAGGGAAGUGCCCCAAAGACACCCUAAAACUGGGAGUGUGCGCCAACUUGCUGAAUGACUUGGUGCACCUUGUGGUGGGAACCCCUCCCAAGAGCCCAUGCUGCACCCUAAUUGGGGGCUUGGCCGAUCUCGAGGCGGCCGUGUGCCUCUGCACCGCCAUCAAGGCCAAUGUGCUGGGCAUCAACCUCAACGUGCCCAUCUCCCUCAGCUUGCUCUUGAACUACUGCGGCAAGAAGGUUCCCUCUGGCUUCCAAUGCGCCUAAUAAGCCCGAUUUGAUCAAUUCAUGUCUUGAUAUUGUGUGUUAUGUCGAUUCCUUGUGUUAUUUGUUUUGUUCAUUUUAUAUCUUUGGUGGCUUCUCGCCUUCUGUCAUUUGAAUGGUUACCUACUCAAGCACCAUCUUAACAUUAAUGAAAUGGAUGAUUUUGAUUA